GCCACUCACUUUCUGAUGUUGCACGACGGGAAAUGCUUUGAAUACUUGCGACAUGGCCGCUCACAUUGAUUGCCAAGAUUGACAGCACUAACCAUCGCCUUCACUUGUAUCUGUGAGAGAGAAGAGAUAAAUAUCACAGAUAAUAACAAAAGCUCCUCGCAGUUUUGACAGUUAAACUUGUCUGAAAGAACGGGAUUCCCUCUUCAUGGCCCGUGGAAUCACCAGCAGACUUUAGUUUAUUUUUUCCUCUACAGAUUGCAGUGAUCAUUUUUGAAUUUGUAAUUGCCGAAACGGGAUACCGUAAGGACCAGCAUUUGGCUUUGCUAGACUGGCUACAUCAAGGUCAUUUUCAUGAAUUCAAAAUCAACUCACCAGUGAUCACUGGGUGCUGGGGCUAAAAUCUCUCUGUUUCUAAUCCCACUGCUGUCAUGGAGGGCUCUCUUCGUAGCAGCUUUUUUCUGAGCAGAAUAAUGUCUUCCAAGCAAGCCGCCUCUCCGUUCGUCCCCGCUGCCGACGGAGAGGACGCCAUGAGCCAGGAUCACGCACCCUGGGACAAGGAGGAGGGCGCGGACAUCCACGGCGCCCCCCAGCUGCCCCUGCACAACCUGCUGCACAGUAAAUCGCCCCCCGAGGAGGUGACAGCCAUCAGCAGCGUACCGCCCGAGUCUGAGUGGGACAGCAUGGUGUCAGCCCAGCAGCGCAUGGAAUCUGACAGCAAUAAGGUAUGUUCCCUCUACUCCUUCCGGAAUAACUCUACCUCACCGCACAAGGCUGAGGAAGGGGCCCGCGAGCGUGAGCGCAGCGACCUGCUGACCGGCUCCGCCUUCGGCACUCCCGAGCGCCGCAAAGGAAGCCUGGCGGACGUGGUGGACACACUGAAACAGAAGAAACUGGAGGAGAUGACGAAGACCGAGCAGGACGAUUCAUCCUGCAUGGAAAAACUUCUUUCUAAGGACUGGAAGGAGAAGAUGGAGAGACUCAACACAAGUGAACUUCUGGGAGAAAUAAAAGGUACCCCUGAAAGCCUGGCGGAGAAGGAGCGCCAGCUCUCCACCAUGAUCACCCAGCUGAUCAGCCUGCGGGAGCAGCUCCUGGCCGCCCAUGAUGAGCAGAAGAAGCUGGCCGCCUCGCAGAUGGAGAAGCAGCGUCAGCAAAUGGAGCUGGCCCGCCAGCAGCAGGAGCAGAUCGCGAGGCAACAGCAGCAGCUUCUGCAGCAACAGCACAAAAUCAACCUACUCCAGCAGCAGAUUCAGGUCCAGGGUCACAUGCCUCCGCUCAUGAUCCCGAUUUUUCCACACGACCAGCGCACUCUGGCAGCGGCCGCAGCCGCCCAGCAGGGCUUCCUCUUCCCCCCGGGAAUCACGUACAAGCCAGGUGAUAACUACCCCGUGCAGUUCAUUCCGUCGACAAUGGCUGCUGCCGCCGCGUCGGGACUCAGCCCGCUCCAGCUCCAGCAGCUGUAUGCCGCCCAGCUGGCCAACAUGCAGGUCUCUCCUGGUGCCAAGGUGCCCUCGCUCCCGCAGCCCCCCAAUUCGUCCGGACCCAUUUCACCCACCGGCCCCAAAAGCGAGAAGAGGUCCUCUAGCCCCGUCACUCAAGUCAAGGACGAGGGAACACAGCCUCUCAACCUUUCCUCCCGGCCCAAGACGGCCGAGCCGGUCAAGUCCCCCACCUCUCCCACACACAGCCUGUUCUCUGGCAGCAAGACCAGCCCCAACAGCUUGACUAAGAGCGGCAUCCCCAGCCCCAUUGGGAGCGGCCUGGGACGGGGCUCCUCUCUGGAUAUCUUGUCCAGUCUGAACUCCACGGCGCUGUUUGGAGACCAGGACGCAGUGAUGAAGGCCAUCCAGGAGGCACGGAAGAUGAGGGAGCAGAUCCAGAGAGAACAGCUUCAGCACCACCAGCAGGGCAUGGACGCCAAGCUGUCCGCCCUCACUGGCAUGGGCCUCAACAACUGCAGGGCUGACAAGGAAAGGGUGCAUUUCGAGAGCCUGGGCCACCACCUGGGGAAGCUGGCCGAGGACGGGAAGAUGGGUCACAGGGUCAUCGACCUCACCAGGCCUGAGGAUAUGGAUGGAGGCGCCAGCACCGCAGAGGCGCGAGUCUACAGGGAAAGCAGGGGACGGAACAGCAAUGAGCCCCACAUCAAACGGCCCAUGAAUGCCUUCAUGGUGUGGGCCAAAGACGAGCGCAGGAAAAUUCUCCAGGCCUUCCCAGACAUGCACAACUCCAACAUCAGCAAAAUCCUUGGCUCACGCUGGAAGGCCAUGACCAACCAGGAGAAGCAGCCGUACUACGAGGAGCAGGCCCGCCUGAGCAAGAUCCACCUGGAGAAGUACCCCAACUACAAGUACAAGCCCCGGCCCAAGCGCACCUGCAUCAUCGACGGCAAGAAGCUGCGCAUUGGCGAGUACAAGCAAAUGAUGCGCUCACGGAGGCAGGAGAUGCGCCAGUUCUUCACCGUGGGGCAACAGCCGCAGAUCCCCAUCAGCACCAGCGCAGGCGUGGUCUACCCCGGGGCCAUCACCAUGGCAACCACCACGCCCUCCCCGCAGAUGACGUCGGACUGCUCGAGCAACUCGGCGAGCCCCGAGCCGGCCAUCCCCGUCAUCCAGAGCACCUAUGGCAUGAAGAUGGAGACGGGCGUCAUGGUGGGAGGCGACGCCGUCAACGGCGAGGAUGAGAUGGACAUGUACGAGGACUUCGAGGACGAGCCCAAAUCGGACUACAGCAGCGACAACGAGGCGCGGGAGCCGGUCAGCGCCAACUGAGCCCGGCCCUCCGCCUCCGGCCAAACCCCCCCAACAUCCCCCGGCGAGAAACCGACAGAUUCGAACCAGAGAGAAUCAGGACAAGCGAAAGGAAGAAAGGAACGAAGACAUAGAAGGAAACAGAAA